UACACCACCACCACCACCACCAAACAGAACAACAAGGAUAUCACCAAAAUGAUCUCCAUCCCUCACACCCCCAAUCCGAACGCCUCCUCCCUCUCCACCCGUGAGCAAGACCAACUCACCACCGCCGCCAACCCGCCCCCAGCCUCCUCUGCGCCGCAGUCCCAGCAGUCGCAGCAAGAAUACCACUACCCCCGUCUAACCAUCCAUUACUGCACGCAAUGUAAAUGGAUGCUCCGCGCCGCUUACUUCGCGCAAGAACUCCUCUCCACGUUCUCCACGCAGUUAGGCGAGGUAGCCCUCGUGCCGGCGACGGGGGGACGGUUUACGGUGACGGUUUAUCAUCGGUCGGGUGGUAGCGCUACCCCUGCUGCGACCGAUGAAGAAAGUGGGGGACCGGUGACGGUGACGGUGACGGAGACUGUGUUGUGGGAUCGGAAGCGGGAUGGGGGGUUUCCUGAAGUCAAGGUGCUCAAGUCGCUCGUGCGGAACGUGGUGGAUCCCGGCCGGGAUUUGGGACAUACCGAUCGGGCCUUGAACAAAGCGGCCGAGAAGAAAGAAGUGGAGGGCAAUGAGCCGCAGGAAAAUGUCAUGCAAUACAAUUCAGAGCACACUCCCUGCCUCCGCCAAAUAGAACGCCUGUCCACGCCCCGACUCUAA